GAUUCUAUCCCUGGACCAACAAAAAAAAAAAAAGAAAGAAAACUCAUCCAUUGUAGCCACUGGAUUUUCAUUCAGUUAGCACCAAAUGUGGAAGACAAUGAAAUUAGAUGAGUUUUAUGUGACUGAACAUGGCUGAUACUACAUUUAGCAUAAAAAAUCCUAGCUGUAUAUUUUUAACCUUACCUAUAGUUCAGACAUUUAGAAAUUCUUUUCUGGACCAAUAAGAUGAGACAUUUUGCAAGGAAUUAAGUAAUUUAGUAGAAAGAUGGAAAGGAAUUAAGCUCUAACAUAGGGAGAACUCUGUUUACUGAAAAUCUCAUUUUAAAAAUGGCUCUUUGAGGACUUCCCUGGUGGUCCAGUGAUUAAGACUCCAGCUUUCACUGUAGGGGACAUGGGUUCAAUCACUAGUUGGGGGAGUUCCACAUGCUACACGGUGCAAUGAGGGGGGAAAAAGGCCCUCUGGUUAGAUAAGUAUUAACAGAAUAGUUAAAUAUUCCUUGACCUCAGCUGCUUCCUGUUCUUACCUGGGUGUUGGGAAACAGGUCAAUGUAUCCUUCCACUCUGAGCAGUUAGUACAAGAGCAGAGUAUCUGAGAAUUAUGUCAGCUACGCGAACACCGGCUGUCGGUGCAGGGGCCUCGGUGCUUGUGGCUUACUUGCUCCAUGGCGUGUAGAAUCCUCCUGGACCAGAGAUCGAACCUGUGUUCCCUGCAUUGGCAGAAACUGGAUGAAGACUUGCAUCAAAAAAUCGCAAAGGAAAUGAACCUCUCCAAAACGGCUUUUAUCCGAAAGCUACACCCAAAUGACAACUUUACUCAAAGUUCCUGCUUUGGAUUAAGGUGGUUUACACCACAGAAUGAGGUUCCUCUCUGUGGCCACGCUACCCUGGCUUCUGCAGCUGUGCUGUUUCACAAAAUAAAAAAUGUGAAUAGCACUCUCACGUUUGUCACUCUGAGUGGGGAACUGAAGGCCAGAAAAGAAGAGGAUGGUAUCGUCCUGGACCUGCCUCUUUAUCCAGCCCAUCCCCAGAAAUUGCAUGAAGUGGAGGACUUGAUAAAGACUGCCAUAGGUGACACGCUGGUUCAGGAUGUUCGCUAUUCCCCAGAUACCAAAAAGCUCCUGGUCCGGCUCAGUGAUACUUACAACAGGUCAUUUCUGGAGAGCCUGACAGUGAACACAGAGAAUUUGCUGCAAGUGGAAACCGCAGGGAAGGUGAAAGGACUCAUUCUCACCCUCAAGGGAGAGCCUGGUGGGCAGACUCAAGCAUUUGACUUUUACUCCAGAUAUUUUUCUCCAUGGAACGGUGUGGCUGAAGACCCCGUAACAGGGUCUGCACAUGCUGUUCUCAGUAGCUAUUGGUCUGAGCAACUGGGGAAGAAACACUUGCACGCCUUUCAGUGUUCCAACCGGGGAGGAGAACUGACGAUUUCCCUGCGUUCUGAUGGACGAGUUGACAUCAAGGGAGGCGCUGCUCUUGUUUUAGAGGGCACGCUGACAGCCUAGACUGCUUGCACUGCAAUGAUGCAAUCUUGAAUUACUAUUUUCUGCAUAAAAAAAUGUAAGCGACUGCUUUGAAUAAGAUUCAUUGUAGUCCACUUGAUCCUCACCUGAGAAAUAGAACAAUGAAGACAUAUUAAUGGGGAUUUAAUAAUGCUUCCUGGUGGAUUAACUAAAGGAGUUUUGGUUCUACCUGUGAACAUAUUCGAAGUAACCAAUAUCAAAGAAUAAUGUUGUCACCUUUAAUUGUGACCACCAAUCACAGAAUGAGGAACACAUUUAUGAAGAGUAAGAUUAAAUCAUUUAAACUCAGAUGUGAGUACCUGAUAGACUGUUUUGCAGCCAUCGAAAAGACCCAAUAGCUAUGUAGAAAUGUAGAAAAAUAGUUCACAGUAUAAUACCAAGAAAGAAAAUUAUAGUAGACUAUUAAAUGUUAGCAAUGUUAUGCUAUGUCUGUGGCGAAUAGGAAUUUAUAUGGACAAGAAUGGAUCAUGAAGAUAGAAAAGUAAAAAGAGUUUUUGUGUGAAUGGUAAGGUUGGAGUAAUUUUAAUGUACCUAAAAAGUUAUUUCCUUUAUUGGAACAUGCUCACGUUUAAUACCUAAAAAUCAGGACAUGUAGGUAAAUAAAUAAAAUGCCCAGAAAUUUUUUAAAUGAGUGAUAAUGAGUGAUAGAGUGGUAAUAAAAUUAAACAUGGAAAGUAACAUGAUAUCCUGCCUCUUUCCAAGUUCUUUUCAGGGUGGGAAUCCCCCUUACUGUCAUUCCCAUGUAUUCUGCAAGUUAGGUGCCCAGCUGGGAUCUGAAUUCUCACCUAUGGGUCAGAUCUGCUGCUUAGCAAUCUGAUGUGGUUGGUAAAAAGCAAUUUGCUGUUUCCAGUGUGUAAGACACUGGACUAGAAGCUGGCAGGGUAGAGAGCUGGGGGGCAGGAUGCAAAGGAGAUUAGAGGGGGAGCUUGUAGAGCUCUCAAGGGACUCUUAACUGGGGAGACCAGGCUCAUCCUUUCAUGAAAAUAUAAUGAGCAGUUGUAUUGGUCUGUGGUUAGGGUCUGCCAUAUGCAGACCCUGAGUGUUACGGCGUAGUCAGGGGAGUGUUAAAAGACAGGGCUUUGAAAGAUGGGCAUGAGGAAAGCUUCAGAGAUUAAUGAAUGUACACGGCCUCUAGAUUUUGUCUAGAGUUCCUACAUCUUGAAAGUAGUUACAUUCUAUAGGAACAGAGAUAUAAAGGAAAGUAGUUAUUCUAACAAUCUAGUCGAAGAUAUAAGACACAAGGACAGAGAAACACACAGACAGAUAAAUAAUAUUGAAAAUGAUUCUUUUCCUUUUUUGAAAACUAAUCUUUAUUGUUGUUGUUGCUGUUGUUUUCUAUAGAAAAGACAGGAAUCACAGCAGUUGUGAGUCAUCCCCAGUGUAUGAGAAAGAGAGAACUAUAGUUCUUCAGGUGUGUACUUCCCGGACAAGUAGCAUUUGCACUACCUGGGAGCUUAUUAGAAAAGCAAAUUCUCAGGCCCUAUCCCAGACCCACUGAAUCAGAAGCUCUGGAGAUGGAGAACAGAAAUCUAGUUUUUAACAAGCCCUCCAGGCAAUCUGGGUGUACAUUUAAGUCUGAGAACCUCUAGUAUUCAUGGUAAUGAGUGAUAGAGUGGUAAUAAAACACAAAAAGUAAGGUAAUAUCCUGCCUCUUUCCAAGUUCUUAUUGGGGUGGGAAUUCCCCUUGCUGUCACUGUCACUCCCAUGUGUUCUGAAAUAUCCUAGUAUUCAGCCACUGUCUUCUUCCGUCUCAAGUGACAAUUGCUUAUGUAGCUCAAUUACUUUUAUUCUCUAUUGGUUUUUUUUUUUUUUGGCUGCACCAAGUGGCUUACUAGGAUCUUAGCUUCCCAACCAGAGAUUUAACCCAUGCCUUUGGCAGUGAAAAGUACAGAAUCCUAACCACUGGGCUGCCAGAAAAUUCCCAAUAACUUCUAAAUGUGCAUUAUCUCAAAAUCUCCCUGACCACACCAAUAUACUUGCUGCUUAAUGUAGUUUUGGAGGAGCUAUUUUUUUUUUCCCUCGUAGCUUCCAGUUCUGUUCAGCUAGAAAAAUUAGCUGUGCUCAGGUGGGAGCUGUUCAGUAAUGUGUUGGUAAUAUAGAGAUUAGUUAAUCAGCUAUGAUUUAUUAAUGAUGAAUUAAUUAUACCUGAUUAUGCAGUUCUGCUAGCUAAAUGGAGCUUUAAAGGAGUUAUUUUAUUAAUCAUCAUGGUGCUAAUUGCAGACACUUACAGAAGGAUCACUAAUUAAACAUGCAACCAUGUGCAGAACAAGUUGAGCUGCUGAGACCUGCAAUAAUAAGAAACCCUGACUUUUAGGGGAGCCAAAACAAAUUUUAUUUUAUGCAAUAUUAGGGAGUUGGCUUGGCAAUGUUAAUCAUUCACUGCAAAUUAAUAUUGUAAUUUUUCUCAGCAGGAAUUGAUCCUUAAAUCAAAAAAUAUAUAGCACUCUGCAUGCAUGUGUGCUAAGUCACUUCAGUUUUGUCUGAUCCUAUGGACUGUAGGACAGACUCCUCUGUCCAUGGGAUUCUCCAAGCAAGAAUACUGGAAUGGGGUGUCAUGCCCUCCUCAUAUAGCACUCUAGUAAGAUUCUAAUAAAGGGAAAGUUUGUUCAAGCCUA